AUGGUGAAAUAUUUUGUGAUGAUGGCAACGGUUGUUGCAAUCGCGCAAGCUCUAGACUCCGGGGAAGCGGGGAUCGAUGUGAAGAUCAACGUGGAGAAGAAUUCCAACUCGUACCUGAGUGGACGGCUAUCACAAGGAUCGUUCGUGUAUGGGCUGAACGUGGAUAAGCAGAAAGACAACCAUUUCCAGCACAAAGUCAAGGGCCCGGAUGAUGUGACGUACGGUUGCUACGGGUUCGUCGAUCCGGACGGUAAACCACAUCUCGUGCACUACGUAUCCGAUCUCAAAGGAUACCGUGUCGUACAACCGGACUCCGCCACCAAGAUUUACGUCGCGCGUCUCGAGAGCAGCAUAAACAACGUAUAUCAGGCACCACAGGAGAAGAACGUCCAGUGGAAGGAUCUGUUCUUCCCGCCAGCCUGUAAGCAAGCGUUAAAUGAAACGGAGCUAGACAUCACAUCGGCACCCACUACCACAACCACCACACCUCGUCCAUUUGUGCCUAAAGAACGCGUGACACCAACCCCAUCGCCUCCAACACCUGCCCCUGAAGAGGAUACACCUCCCACCACCCCACGUCGUCCACCUGUAAAACCAUCACCAACCCCGACGACCACAACACCUUCACCCUCAACACCUGAAGAGGAAAUAGCACCCUCCACACGUCGUCCAUCUUUGCCAAAAUACCCCUUGACACCUAGACCAUCGAAACCGCUGCCACCACCAAACGUGAUAACAAACGAUCCAGAGCCCAAGCCCAGCGAUAUGUGUUCGUCGGUUGUGCAGGCCCCACCGACCCAGCCCGCCUGCUCGAAGGUAUGCGACGAGCUCAAGAACGAACUAGAGGACAUUAAGGGGAAACUUAAUACCCUGCUAGAUACGUUGGCGGAGAAACCGAAAAGUGGAGCAGAUGGUAGUGGUACCAAGUUUGCCUACUUCCCGGUCAUGCUAAGUGAUGGACUGCCAGAUGGAGUGGAUGCCAGCUCUUCCAAGUUUGUGUUCCCAGCGGCUCCACAACAGUGCGGUAAUCAGUAA